AUGGUUUACUUCCGGGUGACAGGGUCACCUUGGCUGUGUGUCGGAAAGAUGGCGGCUUUGGUGAAGCUGGGCUCGCUGUGCAGGGGAGGCAGAGCUUUUGCUUUUGGUAAUUCUUUCCUGAUCAGACCUGCAGCGGUAUUACCACAAGAUCGUCCUUCAUUUCAAGGUUCACUAAUCCAUGUUUCAUCCAAUAGACAAGCAGGAUCCAAAGGAGCCUCCCUCCAUUGGACAGGGGAGAGAGUACUGAGUGUGACUCUCCUGGGUCUCAUCCCUGCAGCUUAUAUGUAUCCAGGAGCUGUCAUGGACUACUCACUGGCUGCUGCUGUCACUCUGCAUGGCCAUUGGGGUUUUGGACAAGUAGUGACUGAUUAUGUUCAUGGAGAUACAAAGAUUAAGCUGGCCACUACUGGACUUCUAGCUCUCUCAUCCCUGACAUUUGCUGGCCUGUGUUAUUUCAAUUAUCAUGAUGUGGGCAUCUGCAAAGCAGUCGCUAUGCUCUGGAGUCUGUGA